UUGGACGUAACAUAGACUUCUUUCAUACACGACUUCUUCAUACAUGAAGACUUCUUUCUAUAUCUAUCGUUUGGAGCACAGGAGCGGUGAAGUAGGGAUCGGGGAAGUGCAUUGAGUACACUAUAACUCAUUGUAUAAUAUACUGCGAUUAUAAUUACUGCUACAACCGCCUAUAAAUCAAAACGUAUCAAAUACAUUCAUGUGCGUGACAAGAGAAUGUACAAUGACAACAGUGUUGCGUACACAAACGUGAAACGCAUGAAACGUCAUGAAAAGUCUAGUAGUAGUAUUAUUAUCUGUGACAUGAAAAGCAAUCCAUUAUUCGAAUGAGUAAUGCUUGUUAGGCCUAAUAAGCAUUGUCAAUUAGUGAAUUACGACGUGACCCUGAUGAUACUGAUAUGGAGGAUUUUGAGUUUCCACAAAUACCAGCCACAAACAAUGCAGAAGUGUAUUGGUCGUACGAGAUGCGCAGGGACAUGCAGGAGGUGAUACCUGGGCUGUACCUGGGUCCCUACUCAGCUGCCAUGAAGAGUAAAAAGGAGAAGCUCCUUCAACACGCCAUUACGCACAUCGUGUGCAUACGACAAAACAUCGAAGCACAUUUCGUCAAGCCAAACUUCACCGAUUCCUUCAAGUACCUUGUGGUAGAUAUUGCAGAUUCGCCGACUGACAACAUAAUUCAGCACUUUCCUAAGGUGAAGCAGUUUGUCGAUGAGUGCUUAGAUAACGAUGGUAAAGCUCUGAUUCAUGGAAACGCAGGUAUUUCACGAAGCGCAGCUUUGGUCAUAGCAUACAUAAUGGAGCGUUUUGGACUGACAUACAAAGAUGCACUGCAGUAUGUGCAAUCCAAGAGGUUCUGCAUUAAUCCAAACGAUGGAUUUGCUAAGCAGUUACAGGAAUAUGAGCCUAUAUAUAGGGCUAAGCUCACUGUAGUGAAUGGACAGCCUUCCAAGCGAAAAGGUAAUUUGAAACGAACGAGAGACGAGGUGGACGACGAGGAGCAGGAAAUGCACGUCGAGAAUUCCUAGCGACGGCUGGUGCGCAAGUGACAGUCACUAUAACAGCUCACCGUACACGUGUAUGCUCACCACAACAUGUUGGAUUAAUUCAUUCACGCGUUCAGCUUCAUACGUUACAAUUUCCACGUUAUUAUGAUUUUCUAAUGUUGUCAUUCACAUAAAUAACUAUAGAAUUGUUGAGGGAGGGAUGAAGGGGUUAGGAGUAGUGUUUUCCAUCCAGGCUCUUUUUGCUCUCAAUUUAAUUAUUAUUUUUAAUGUGUAGCCAUCAUAAGAAAUGAUAGACGGUAGUUAUGCUGUUGCGAUCAAAUUUUCAUGCCGUUGUAUCUCGACGUCUGAUAGCUUAUUCAAGUGUUGGGAUCACAGUUUUUGUUCUGUUAGAACCACUAAGAAUGAAAUCACAGACAACACAGUAAGUAUUUCUUUCCUUGAAAUCCAUUGUGUGCAUUCCAUCUCACACAAACAGAUCGUGUUUUUAAUGCUAGACAGACAGGUCUGACGUGGCUGUGCUGCACUAUAAGAUGGCACUCUAUAAAUGGAAGACAACAUACUAUGUAAAUGAAAAGCACCAAAGCCAUAUUGAUUGUGGAAAUGGGAGAAUUUUUUUGCCAAAAUUGUACAUACUUCUCAUUUGGUAAAUUGUUGGUUACGUAAUAUUUUCAUCAUCAUUGAUCAUCAUCAUCAUCAUAGACCCUGUUUGGUGUGAGCAGGGAUAUAUUAAACUCACAGGUUAAUCUUGCAUGUGGUUAAAAACACAUAAAAACUAUGCGAAAACAAAACCAAAAAUUAAGCUAGCACAAUUUAACUUGAAUCUCCUGCAAUACCUCAACUGCUUACCUGUAAGGGGAGAUUAUUUUAAACAUUGGUCAGUAUUGUUCGGUACCAGAAACCCACAACCAUAGAUAUUAGAUCGUACGCUGCCAGAGUACCUUCGGGCAAUAAAACUAGUGAUGAGCUGUGUAUAGUACUGUAAUUCCAAGUACAGCAGUACUGUAAUUCCAAUCUCACUAUUAACUUGACCAAUCUGUUCAGCCAUAUUGGAAAUGCACAGUGUACAGAACUUGGUUCUAAGGUUAGAAACAUGAUAACAUAUGCAGUAUGCGUAAUAUAUAGAUCUAGCAUCUAUGCAAGCAUGUCUCGCACAGAAUAAAGACCAUUAAAAACGUUUGGCAUUACCCUGAAAAAAA